CACUGUAAAAUAAUUUCACAUCAAAUUUAUUUUCCGAAAAUUUCUAAAGAAUUAAAAAAAGUUAAGUGAAAACUAUGAGUGUUGGAAAUGAAGAAAUCAUUGAUUGGCAAACUGAAGCCACAGCUGUCAUCAAUGAUGUGAAGCAGCAUGUUAAAGCCAUUGCAAUAUCUGAAAAACUCAUAACUGAUGUUGGAAUCUAUAUAAACUUACAGACGCUUGAAGGAAAAGAGUUUACAUGCUUUUUGGAUGCAGCGGGAUUUAAAAUCGUUGGAUUCAACUAUGAUUGUUGUGAUAAUGAAGAUACUUGUGAUGAUACGAUUUACGAAACAAUUUAUGCUCUCAUUCAAAGCCAUUCGCCAGCUUACACACAAUCAUUCGGCAAUGCUUUGGUCGAUAAACUAACUAAGCUUUCGUGAGCACUUAUUCAAGUUCAGCCAAUUCAUCAACAAUGGGAACAAGCUGUUUGACAUGAUCAACAUAGCCUGAUCCAGUGUUCACUCGCUUUUGACCAUAAGUUACUUUUCCAUCGAAAUCAUUCAUUGGCACUUUUAUGUCAGAAUCAACUUGCUGAAUCGUACAUCCUAAAUGUUCUUCAAUUUCUGCCAAAUACUAAAAAGAUUAGAAAACAAUUGAUGCAAUUGAACGGUAAAACUUUUUAAAAUAUUAAAUAUGCAACAGGAUUAAGUUCUAUUAAUCCUUCAAACUAAGCU